AUGAAAGUCGCUCUCAUCGCUCUACUAGUGGCCUCUUCGGCCUACGCCCAGGUUGGCGUCGGCCUCAACACUCGCGUCGGAAGAGAUGUGGAGAAGCAGAUGCACCAGGAGCACAAAAUUGAGUCCCGCCAAGUAAACGUUGGAGCUAGCGGCCGAGUUGGCCGCGAUGUUGAGAAGCAGAUGCACGAGGAGCAGCACAAGAUGGAAACUCGCCAAGUGAACGCUGGAGUCGGCGGCCGAGUUGGCCGUGAUGUUGAGAAGCAGAUGCAUGCUGAGACGAAGGUUGAGCGCCCCGCCCGUCAGGUGUCCGCUGGAGCAGGUGGACGCGUAGGACGUGACGUCGAGAAGCAGAUGCACCAGGAGCACAAGAUCGAGACCCGCCAAGUCCAAGCCGGCCUGAACACCCGUGUCGGACGCGACGUCGAGAAGACGAUGCACGCCGAGAAAGUUGAGCGACCAGCCCGUCAAGUGUCCGCUGGAGCUGGUGGACGUGUCGGACGUGACGUUGAGAAGCAGAUGCACGAGCAGCACAAGAUCGAGACCCGUCAAGUUGCCGCUGGAUUGAAUACUCGUGUCGGCCGUGACGUCGAGAAGACGAUGCACUCCGAGAAGGUUGAGCGCCCCGCCCGUCAAGUCUCCGCCGGAGCCGGUGGACGCGUUGGACGUGACGUCGAGAAGCAGAUGAACGAACAACACAAGAUCGAGACCCGCCAAGUCCAAGCCGAUCUGAACACCCGUGUCGGACGCGACGUCGAGAAGACGAUGCACGCCGAGAAGGUUGAGCGCCCCGCCCGUCAGGUGUCCGCUGGAGCUGGUGGACGUGUUGGACGUGACGUUGAGAAGCAGAUGCAUGAGCAGCACAAGAUCGAGACCCGCCAAGUCCAAGCCGAUCUGAACACCCGUGUCGGACGCGACGUCGAGAAGACGAUGCACGCCGAGAAAGUUAACGCCCGCCCAAGGUGUCCCUGGGUUGGUGGACGUGUCGGCCGUGAUGUUGAGAAGCAGAUGCAUGCUGAGACGAAGGUUGAGCGCCCCGCCCGCCAGGUUUCCGCUGGAGCCGGAGGACGUGUCGGACGUGACGUCGAGAAACAGAUGCAUGAGCAGCACAAGAUUGAAACCCGCCAAGUCAACGCGGGAUUGAACGCUCGUGUCGGACGCGAUGUUGAGAAGACGAUGCAUGCUGAGACGAAAGUUGAACGACCUGCCCGCCAGGUGUCCGCUGGAGCCGGUGGACGUGUCGGACGUGACGUAGAGAAGACCAUGCACAACGAGGAGCACAAGAUCGAAACUCGCCAAGUCCAAGCCGGCUUGAACACCCGUGUCGGACGUGACACCGAGCACCAGAAGCCCGCCCAGAUUCGUGAGCGCCGUCAGCUGCUCGGAGGCGGAUACGGAGGUGGUGUCGGAGUCCAGCCUGGACUCGGCGUCAACACCGGCCUCGGACUCAACCUCGGCCGU